UUACUCAUCAUGAAAAUAAAAUGCUCUAAUGCAACUCCGUAAAUGUUAGAAUUCGUUACACAGUAUUUUUAAUGAACAUCCUGAUGCAGCAUCAGGAUGUGGAGACUGAACUUGAAUUCAACCAUGCUGCGUUUGGGGCCUUUCGAGAGCACACUGACAUAAAGAAGACCAAAGAUAAUUGUGUAGAACUCAAGUCCAUCUUUCCUUCCAUGAUAUCGUCUAUAUUUACUUCAAUUAGGAGAUGCAGUCCACCUUUCCUUCCACACCCUCAUCGAUCGUCCACUUUGCUAGAUUCGACUUACUUGAGCUUGGUUGGUUUUAUCAACGAACGAAUAAUCCUAGUUUAGAUUUGGGAAUUUAUCGAUUUGUUGGUUUUGUUUUGUCGAAGUAAUAAAAUAUUGUAGACAGAAGGAGACUAAAUUAACAAAUUUUAAAGUUGAGUAGUUUAUCCAUUAAAAAGAUAAUUGAGAAGUUUAUUUUAAGAUUCAUUUUAGUUGAAAAUUUUUAUUAGUAAAAACAUGUAACGUUUCCUUUCGUCAAAACAUAUCGUUUUCUAACUUUUUUUAUUCACAUUUGAUGAUAAUUUGUAGAGAAAAUGACACAAAGAACACUAAAUGAAGUUUUCCUCCCCAAACUAGCACUCAGGAUCAGAAUUCACAAAAAUAGGUUUCAUUAAAGGGGCAAUUUACCCUUAUGCCCCCUUCUUUAACUAAUUUAAAAAACAAAUUUGAAAUCAAUUUGUCGCCGUCCUCGUUUCAUCGCUUCUUCUUCUCGUCUCUCCGUCGUCGUCGUCGUCGUCUCUCCGUCGUCGUCUCCCCGUCCUUGUCGUCGUCGUCUCUCCGUCGUCGUCGUCGUCGUCGUCUCUCCGUCGUCGUCUUCGCCUCUCCGUUGAUCCGUCGUCGUCGUCUCUCCGUUUAUUUAUCGUCGUCGUCGUUUCUCAAUUGAUCUGUCGUUUCUACGUCUAUUCAUCUCAUUCUCUCUCUCGUGUGUCUGAUUUGAUUAAGGUUUGAAUCAUUUCAUUUUGUUAUACAUUAUCUAGGUUUUGUUAUAUAUUAUUCAUUUGUUGAUGAUUUGAAGUUGAUUUUGUAGAACAAUGGAAGUUUUGUGCAUCUGUGGACAAUGGAUCUCAAAAGAAUCUCUCCAGUGGGAGUUUCUUGUUGAUUUGAAGAGGAAUGCAUCAAUCAUUUCCAUAGAAGAAGAUCUACUGUAUGAAGAUUUGAUGAAGAUUGUCUCUGAAGAUUUUAGUGUUAAAGAGGAAGAAAUCAGUUUGAGUUAUGGUUUUUCAUUGGAUAUGAAAUGUAUUAUUGAAAGUUUCCCCCCACUCUCGAUAGGUAAUACUCGUCAGCUCAGAACUUUCAUUUCCAAGACUAGAGCAUUUGAUGGAACCUGUCGUUUGUGUGUUAAGGUUAGUACUGAUCCAGUUAGCUGUAACACUCAAGCUUCUGAUACAUUUGCUUCUACUGUUCCAUUGAAUGCCAAUCCAGCGAUUCUUUCUACUGUGCAGAGUGAAAAACAGAGUCUUCUAUAUGAAGGUGUUUCUACAGUUCCUCUGAAUGCUCUUCCGGAUUUUAGUACUGAUUCAGCUAGCUGUAACAUUCAAGCUUCUGAUACAUUUGCUUCUACUGUUCCAUUGAAUGCCAAUCCAGUGAUUCUUCCUACUGUGCAGAGUGAAAAACAGGUACAUUGUCCCUAAUUCCCUUUUUCUGUUUGUGUUUGCAUGAUAUGCUUCAUAAUCAAGUAUUAUGCCUUACAGAACUACUUGACUUUUGCAGAGUUUUCUAUAUGAAGGUGUUUCUACAGUUCCUCUGAAUGCUCUUCCGGAUUUUAGCCCUGUCCAUAUUGGACUUUCACCAAACACGAGAGUAGCUGGCGAUAUUAAGGUGAAUAGCUAUUUUAAGACAAAGAGAGAGUUGAUGUUGAGGAUGAAGAAAUGGGCUUUAGAGUGGAAGUUUGAGUACAAGACUGUCUCUUCUAACAAGUCAAGAGUGCUUUUGAGUUGUGUUGAUGAAAAUUGCACGUGGAGGAUGCGUGCUAUCAAGCUACCUGUUUCAGAUUUUUUCGUUGUUAAAAAGUAUGUUCAUGAGCAUACAUGCGAUACAACACACAGGAAAGCCAACCACAGACAAGCAUCUGCAAAGUUGUUGGGUUCUUUGAUUUCCAGCAAUUAUGGAGAAAAAAAGGAAGGUCUCAAACCGAAACAGAUCAUUGAACAGGUCAGGAUGCUGCAUGGUGUUCACAUCAAUUACAAACAAGCUUGGAGAGUGAGAGAAGAAGCUCAGAUUUUGGUUAGAGGGACUCCUGAAGACAGCUAUUACAAUUUGUCUAGGUGGUUGUAUAAAAUCACAGAAACAAACCCUGGUUCCUUGACUUAUCAACAUGUUGAUGCUGCAGGAAAGUUCAAGUAUGCAUUUGUGGCUUUUGGUCCAUCGAUAAGGGGAUUUUCAUUGAUGAGGAGAGUUAUUGCAGUAGAUGGUACAUUUCUGAAGGGAAAAUUCAAUGGGACUUUAUUGGCAGCUUGUGCUCAAGAUGGGAAUUAUCAUCUAUAUCCUCUCGCCUUUGCAGUGGUUGACGCAGAAAACGGCGCCUCUUGGAAAUGGUUCUUUAGAGGUUUGAGCCAGAAGAUCCCGGACGCUUCGGAUCUUGUUUUUGUAUCAGACAGGGCUAACUCCAUUUCUUCAGCGUUGGAGGAUGUAUAUCCCUUAUCUCACCAUGGAAUUUGCAGGAUCCAUCUGCUCCGCAACAUCACUCCUACAUAUGCGAAGACUGGGUUGCUACCUCUGGUGGAAAGCGCUGCUGAUGCCUAUACGUGUCACGAGUUCUGGUUAAUCUUCAAGGACAUAAAGGAUAAAUGUCCUGAAUUGGCUAAGUAUCUGGAAGAGUCUGAUUUUAGGAAGUGGGCACGAAGCUAUGCGCCUGCGAACAGGUAUAAUAUCAUGACUACCAACAUUGCAGAGUCUCUCAAUUCUAUGUUGAAGAUGCCUCGUGAGUUGCCCAUUAUCUCUCUCCUUGAAACUAUCAGAUUGACGAUGACCACUUGGUUUUUUGAGCGACGCGAAGCGGCUGCGAAACAUAAGCACCUGGUUACUCCAAAAGUUGUUCAGAAAUUGGUAUCUAGGUUAGGGGCCGCAAUGUUGUUGAAUGUGUAUCAAGUUGAUCGAAGCGAGUUUGAGGUGAAGAAUGAAACAAUGAAGUUUGUUGUUGACUUGGAGAAGCGGCAUUGCACAUGUAAUGUUUUCGACAUUGACAAGAUCCCCUGCAUCCAUGCCAUCGCUGCUGCUAAGCAUAUCAAGAGAGAUGAAAACCGUUUUGUUGAUGCUUCUCACUUGACAGAAACGUGGGCUAAAGCUUAUGCUGAAAGCAUACAUCCUGGUGGAGAGUUGUCAACGUCCACCUAUCCAGAGAAUAUUGAUGAACUGUCUUGCCCACCUCCAGCUACCAAAAAGAAAAGUGGACGCCCUCCUACAAAGAGAAAGAGAUCCGUUGGCGAGUUUGGGGUUCCUGGAUCUAAAUCUCAGUCCCACAAGUGCAGCAGAUGUGGCACAGGAGGGCACA